GACCAUAUCAGCGUAAACGGGCUCGAAGCGGCAUUUGAGAGGAUGCCACUUCCUUUCAUAGUGGAGACUUGCCUUUGCAGGAGACUUACACUGGCUGAGAGGAAGACAUAGCAGAGAAUUGUGUAGUCAUUUUGAACUCUGAAAAACUUCCCUUUCUCAGCCGGAACUUAUAGUCUGCACUUGGAGUCGUCAAAACCCUAGGAUGUCCUCCAUAAAUGUCAAGAGGAAGGCGAACUCAAAAGUCAUGAUUGCGUCUUGACUUACAAAUCAGGGACAGAGGGAGAUGAAAACUACACUUCAGAUAGUAACUUGAUUGGACUCACCACCAAGAUGUUAAAAGUGAAGAGGCUGGAAGAAAUCAACACGUGUUACAAUAGUAAACAUCUGGAGAAAAUGGCCUUUUUUCAGUGCAUGGAAGAGAUGGAGAAAGUGAAAUGUUUUCUGGAAGAAAGUUCUAGUGAACAGGAUUCAAAAUCUGGGAAGAAUGAGGCUAAGGAAAAGGUGUGGUCACACCCCGACCUGAAGGACAUGACACCUGUCAAAGGCAAAAGGAUAUCGGCCUUCACAGAUGACAUCCAGGCUCCUCCUGCCCCAUUUAGUCACCGGAUUGUGAUAGCCAAACAAACAGCAGUCAACAGUUUUUAUACUGUGAGCAGAACAGAAAUUUUAGGAGGGGGGCGCUUCGGCCAGGUUCACAAGUGUGAAGAAAAAGCAACAGGUCUGAAGUUGGCGGCUAAGAUCAUCAAGACCAGAGGCAAGAAGGAUAAGGAUGAAGUAAAGAAUGAAAUCACGGUCAUGAACCAGCUGGAUCACGUGAACCUCAUUCAGCUCUAUGAUGCUUUCGAGUCUAAGAACGACAUUGUCCUGGUCAUGGAGUAUGUGGAUGGCGGUGAGCUGUUUGACCGGAUCAUUGAUGACAACUAUAAUCUGACUGAGUUCGAUACCAUCCUGUUCAUCAAGCAGAUAUGUGAGGGGAUACGAUACAUGCAUCAGAUGUAUAUUCUCCAUUUGGACCUGAAGCCUGAGAAUAUCCUGUGUGUGAAUCGGGAUGCUAAACAAAUAAAAAUUAUUGAUUUUGGAUUCGCCAGAAGGUACAAGCCCAGAGAGAAGCUGAAGGUGAACUUUGGAACCCCAGAAUUUCUUGCCCCUGAAGUUGUGAACUAUGAUUUUGUUUCCUUUCCCACGGACAUGUGGAGUGUGGGGGUAAUUGCCUAUAUGCUACUGAGUGGUUUGUCCCCCUUCCUGGGCGAUAACGAUGCUGAGACCCUGAACAACAUCCUGGCCUGCAGGUGGGACUUAGAGGAGGAAGAAUUUCAGAACAUCUCAGAGGAGGCCAAGGAGUUCAUCUCCAAGCUUCUGAUUAAGGAGAAGAGUUGGAGAAUAAGUGCAAGUGAAGCUCUCAAGCACCCUUGGUUGUCAGACCACAAGCUCCACUCCAGACUCAAAGCACAGAAGAAGAAGAAAUGCUGCUCUGAUGCUCAGAACCCUGUGACCAAACAGUGUAUGGAAGGCGCCCAUUGAAAGGAAAACUGCUGGGGUUGCUGCUGCCUGAGAAGAUUUUUGGAAAAAUCAGCAGUUCUGAUGUCUUGACCCCUAUGAUGACUGGUGGCCUUCGGGAGGUGGGGGCCGCCGCACUUGAACUCAGAGCACCCACUCCCAGGGGAGACUCCCAGUGCUUUGGUCCUGUGGGCACAGGCAAAAUCCCUCCCCACACCCCAUGGUAGCGCACACUAGGCAAGAGGUUUCCCUGCCAUCUUGGGUUUUUUUAUUUUAUUUUUAUUUCUUGAUUUUAGUCACUGGGGCAAGGGGUGCAUUCUUUCUGCUAUUUCUCAGUUUACUAGUGCAGUCAUACUGGAGAUUUAUUUUGAAACCUGGAUGAUGCAUUUGGAGGGAGAAAACUGCUUCCAGUUACUAAACUAUGCCUUUCAAAGGGGUGAUUGUAUCGCCAGAAAAAAUUCUAAGUCUGUGCACUUGAACACUUAGUUUCUCACAGUUUAUUAUUUUGAUUUGGUCUCCAAUCAGGUGAAUCCAAUUGAGAAAUAAUUUGCUUUCUGGAACAUAAGCUUUCUUUGAAUUCUGAGGCAAGAAGCAGCAGACCUUCUAUCUUCCAUUUAUGCUGUGCUUUCCUCCAAGUGCGUCAGUUUCUCCCAAGUAACAGAUUCUCCUUCUAAUGAAUGACGUGCAUUUUCACAACGCCCUCUCUGCUCUCUGCUGAUUGAACAUUCAUGUGUGAAAUAUGUUGGUUUUGAGAGGUGGUGCGAGAGGUAUAUGUUUAUGCUUAGUCUUUAAAGUCGAAACCUUUGGAACAAUGUUAGCAGUUCUGAGAGCUUUCCUGUUGCACUUGUCCAUGAGGAGAGAUGGGGCUUGUGCAUCCUGCCAAAGGACAGCGCUGUGCUUGCAAUGACGUGACUUGGGAAAUGGCACUCAAGUAAACGCGAACGUUUCUGAAAACUCAUGAUACUACUUAACCAGAGUCUCAUGCAGCUCAGGGCUGUGAAGAAAGCGCAUUCCCAAAUCAAAGGUGAGGAAGGGAACACCUCUACUCCCUUUUUGGACAUGAGAAUCAUUUCCAGUUGGAAGCUUCAGUUUAUUCCUGAGCUGCUAUACCAUUUCAUUCAGAUAUUUAAGAGAGAAAUGAGCCCUCCUGAGAUGGCACCGAAAGGCACAGGGUCUGUGAAGAGUGGUUUCUUUAUGAAGAGAAAGUGCAAAGCCACAUUAACUCCUAUUACACAUGCAACACCACGCUCACCAUUCAGCUUUUUAAGCUUUCCUCGAUUUUCCAUUUCCAAAUAACUGCUCUGUUGAGAUCAGCUGGAGUAAUGUCUUUAUUUUUUGCUGUAAAUUGUUUUAGGCUCUUGUCACAAAAGCAAUGAAAUGAAGUAAGAAUAGCUUGGUGGCUGUAUUAGUGAGGGCACUUCUAUCUUGCACUGAUUGGCUUUUCACCAUUGUUUCUCAUAUCCACCCACUGAAUCAUUAUAGCACGCCCAUGAAUAACUCCUACCUGUGCAAUGCCCUUCUUCUCAUGUGUAAGGUAAAGAGAAAGUAGAGACAGGAGAGAUGUUUAAUUUAGUUCAGGCCACAUGCCAAUUUAGUGGUUAUACAAGCUAUAAAACUGACUCCUUUCUAGCCUCUGCUCUUACAUUAUGAUGCGUUUUCUUUUUUCCUUUGGCCUAUGCAUUUAUCCACGGCUGGUUUCUCUUGUUCCUGUUAUGUGACUAUGCUUAAAAUGUUUAAUUUAGUUUCCUUAAAAAAAAAAAAGUCCUGUGACUGAAGUGUUAUAUUACUGUGCUAUCUUUAGCUGAUGGUAUUCAUGGAGCCUGGAAAAAUACAAGCCAGUGCAUGCAUUAAUACUCAGACCACAGAGAGCUGGCGCUCACUCAAAUGCUAAAUAAGACACAGGGGUCUGAUUUGAAAGCCCUCACGGAAGACUUUUUCUGUCCUGUGCUGUGCGUUUUCCAGCAGAUAGAGCAGAGGCCUUUUGCGUGAUGUGCAGCUUGCAUCCAGUUCCCUUUCUGACUCACGUUGGCAGAUAAGCUUUCCCUAGACCCCACUAUACAUGGAAGAAACAGCCUAGGCCAAAUAAAGGAAUUAUUUCUUUGCCAAAUUAUUCCACUGAUGACCCCGCAGUUAGUGGGUGUGAAUUUUUUCAAAAGAGGUUUAGAAAGGAGACUCUGCUUUGAAACAGGAUCUCUUUUGAAUCUGUAGUUAAAUUUCCACAUUUGGAUGGGGAGGCAUCCCCCUGCCAGCGGGGUGCCUUUAAAUGAGAGCUGAGGAUGGUUUGCAUUGCAGAGUUGAUCAAUUACAGUCUAGAGUUACAUGACAGGGGUGAAUUUCAGUCUCUGGCUCGUCCUGUCACCUCCCUCCAUGGCCAUGUGUGGCUGCUCCAGCAAGAGCCCUACCUUGGUAAAUUGCCUCUCUGAUGGGAAAGGGGGCUGUGCACAGCAGAGGGGUCAACCGGCACAGACCCCAGAAGCUCAGUCGGGCUAGACUGGGGCUAUUGUGAUCGAUUUUUCCGAGAAGUCAUUAGGAUUUGAGAGCCUGCAUUUCUCUUGCACCCUCUUAAUGGACAUUAUAUAGCUUCGCUCACGUGCAUUAGACAUUUGCUAUUCCUUUAGUAAACGGAGGAAAUUAAACACUGAUGUGGCACUUCUCACUGCCUGGAGAGAAAUAAACCUCACAAACUAUUAAGGAAAAAGCAUGCCCACAUUUGUAAUUUAUAAGGUACCACACUUACCCAGAAUCUGUUGUUAUUUCAAAAGCAGGGAGAAAGGGCUCAUGCCUCAAUUUGUAGCACAGAAACCUCUGAAAUGGAUUCUAACCUGAAGUAACGUAGAGAAAAGAUUUCUAUGUUGAAAUUGGGUCAUUCUCAUGGUUGUUGAGUACCAUAGGUUUGUUUUUAGUUGCUUUUUCUCUGACUUAAUAUUUUGCUUUCUUUUCUCAAAAAUGUAAAUAGGCAUGCUGCCAUUGUUGUGAAACACUUUGAUGUGAACAUGUUUUCAAAGAUGAACAUUUACAUUUUCACCGUUUCUACAGAAAUUAAUGUAGCAAAAGUUUUCUUGUUUUAGAAUCAAAAUACGGAUUUGAUAUUAGGGAAAAGAGGAUCUUGCCUGUAUUUCAUUCCUUGUUUGUCCCUCCUGCCCCACUGCCCCAUUGCAGCCACUCGGCAAGGGGAGCCAGUAUGCAGCAAUCCUUGUUCAGUUUGGACUGUAGGUCAGUUGAGGGACCCUCACUUGGAAAACCCAUUUGUGAAAGUACAAUGAGGGCCACACAGGGCACCUCCUGGCUGUGGGCAGGAGGCUCAGUCGGCUCUCUGCUCCCUGGCAAUUCCGUCACAGGUACAGGGUGCCUCACCACUGUGCCUCAGUUCUCCCUAGCCACACUGCUCCCCACUUUGCUUUUGCUCUUUUUUAUUUUAGUUUUACUUCUUUUUAUUUUUCUUAAGUUAGAAUCAAAGUCCAUUUUCUCAUCCAUCAUGAUGCUACCCUAAAAGCCUUUUGGGGAUGAAAAUUAUACUUCCCAAAGGCAAAUUGCUUUCUGUCCUACAGGAAACUUGAUGCUGGACUUACUACCGUGUUUCCCCGAAAAUAAGACCGGGUCUUACAUUAAUUUUUGUUCCAAAAGACACAUUAGGGCUUAUUUUCAGGGGAUGUCUUAUUUUUUCAUGUACAACAAAUCUACACUUAUUCAAAUACGGUCAUGUCGUCUUCGUCUGGAACAUCGUCAUAACAUACUAAAUGCAUCCGUCUGGCUGAGGAUCUUAACUGGGGCUUAUUUUCAGAGUAGGUCUUAUUUUCGAGGAAACACGGUAGAUGUUCAAUUCCUAGAUUAAGAUUACUUCCUACAUAGCAUGAGUCUACCGUUUCUAAUACUAGAAGUUUUAUAUACCGAGUGUGCCAAAAAAAUGUAUACAGAUGACCUGUAUUCAUCUUUUGUCAUUGGUAUAUAUUGAGUACUACAAUUUUAAUAUAGUUUUAUCCUUUCUUAAAAUGUGUACACAUUUUUUUUUUUUUGACACCCUCUGUAUUUCUCCUAGCUUCAUUUUAGUCGGGUGUAUUUUCCAUAAGUGGUCUUUAUCUGAGCAGUUUCACCUUCCAUGAAGGCUAAUCACUCAACUACUACUUAUUCAAAAGAGCAGAAAACAUCUGAUACCAGAGUGUUCAUAUGUUGACUUAUACAUAUUUUGUAGUUGUCUCAGCUGCUAGAUGUCAGUGAGUCCUUUUGAUGAGGUGUAUCUGUGUAGAUAAUAAAUAAAAAUGGAUUCAUAUUAUGGUGAUUGCAUAUAUCAUGUAUAUUUUUUAUUUCUGAACAUCAUUUCAUUCAGCUGUAUUUCUUUGCCUUAUAAAGAUGUUUAGCAGUCAUAUGCUCGUAUAUGUCUUAUAUUGAAAAAUAAACAAGGACCUUAUUUA